CUUUCGUUUUCUAUUGAAUUGCCUUUUAUAACCCGUCCUUCAUAUCUGCCGUCAUGUUCAAGUCCGUCUUCAGAGCCUCGGCUCCCGUUACCAGAAGUUUCACUUCCAGAGUCGGUUUCUCCACUUCUAGAAUUAUUGCAAACUCAAUCUCGCAUAAAUUGAACACCACGUCUCAUGUCUACAAAUACUUACAAGAAGGUCCUCAAAGUGUCAAGUACACUGCUGAACACGAAUGGUUGGCUACCCAUGCAGACGAUUCUGCCUUUGUCGGUAUCACCAGAUAUGCCUCUGAGGCUCUUGGUGAUGUAACCUUUGUUGAAUUGCCAGAAGUCGGUGACAGAGUUGAAGUAGGUGACACCAUUGGCUCCGUCGAAUCAGUGAAGAGUGCCUCGGAAAUCUACUCACCAGUGGCAGGUGAGGUCAUUGCCAUCAACAUUGCCUUGGAAUCGGAACCAGCUUUGAUUAACACCGAUCCUAUUGGUGAAGGUUGGAUUGCCCAGAUCAAGUUGGAUGAUGCUAGUGCUGUUGAAGCUUCUGAAGAAUUGAUGACAGAAGAAGAAUACGAUGCUUCUUUGGAAGAGCACUAAGCAGACCCAGUUACGUUCAUUUAUCAUGCUGUUUAGAGAAUAGCAAUAUAUAUUUAUUCAGAGAC